AUGAGUCCCUUGGAUUUCGUGGAUUUUCGCAAAUACCUCACCCCCGCCUCAGGCUUCCAGUCCUUGCAGUUUAGACUUUUGGAGAAUAAAAUGGGAGUUCGCGCGGAUCGCAGAAUCAAGUAUAAUGCACAACACUACAAAAAUGUAUUCCUGGAUAAAGCCGAAGUACAAGCUGUGGAAAAAAGCGAAAAUGAUCCUUCAUUGCUAAUGCUUAUUCAGAAUUGGCUGGAAAGAACACCAGGACUCAAAGAAACUACCGUAGAUGGUGAAGUAGAGGAGGGUUUUUGGCAAAAAUAUGAGCGCGCCGUUAAACGAUACCUGAAUGAUCUUUACGAAGAAGCUAUGAAAGAGGGACUUCCACAAAACGUCCAUGAUCAACUGCUAGCUGAGUAUUACAAGACAAAGGAUUCCUUCGCAACAAUUCUUGAUCCGAAACAACAUGCUCAGCAAAUUCUGAAU